GGGCUUGGUAGGGAGUGAGUGGCUAAUAGGACUUCUAAAGAAACCAGAAAACACCCACAGAUAAGCAGCAGCAGAAGCAGCGACAACCACAGAACCCUGUCGUCGGUUCUGCUACACCGUUGUCAGGCUAAACAGGGCUGUGUUCUGGUGUGGGCCUCUGAUCCACUGCCUAGCUGAUAAUACACCUCAUGGUUGAGAACUCGUGACCGUACAUCCUUCUGUCCACAUGUGUUGGUGAUAUGGGAGACCUGUGGACAAGUGUGGCAACAGAGAUGUCCAUGGCUAACUAUGAAAUCUCGAGCAUAUCACAUGUGACGAUGUCGCCUUUGAGACCAAACAACCUUGCCUCUCUGUAUUCUUCAGUGCCCCUGUCCAAAAACUCUUAUAGUGUUAUCAGUGCCUUCUGCACAGAGGAAAAUAUAUCUCAGUGCAUCAUAUACAUCAAUCAGGAGCUUGCGUCACUGGGUCUCUCUUCCAUUUGUAUUGAGGCCAGCUCACCAGGGGUACCUGUCCUGAAUGCAGUGCCAGCUUUGAAUGCCAUGUAUGAACUGCUGCAGAUUCACAGGAGGAAUAUGUCAUCAUUAGAGGAGCUGGAAAAGGACCAGCUAAAGAAGUCCAGCACCUUGGAGCAUAUUCAGAUGAACAAUUGCAGACUGAAGGAUCAGUUGGAACUGUCCAUUAGAGAGAAGUCUGGUCUCCAUGAGACGGAGAGGCAGCUCCAGCUCAAGAUCAAGACUCUGCAGAGCUGUUUGAAAACUGAAAAAGACGAGGUUCAGAAACUCCAAACUAUCAUCGCCAGCCGCGCUUCUCAGUACAACCAUGAUGCUAAGAGAAAAGAAAGAGAAGCUGCAAAGCUCAAGGAACGCCUUAGUCAGCUACUGGUGGAUAGAAAGGACAAGAAACUGGCUAUUGAUGUACUAAACUGCCUGGGACGGACAGAUGGAAAACGGGGUCACUGGAAGACUGCAAAAUCGACUGCAAGCCAUGAAAGUGAAAUGUACAAGUCCCUGCUCAGUGAUUAUGAGGCCAGUCAGAAAUCCCUGAUGCUAGAAAAUGCUGAGCUGAAGAAAGUGCUUCAGCAGAUGAAGAAGGAGAUGAUGCACAUCCUCAGUCCACGACAGGCCAGAGGAGCCAGUGCUGAUGACAGCCACGAGCAGGCUGAUUCAGAUGGGGAGGAGAAAACUGGAGACUCCAGCAGAGAAAUCUUGGACCUGUCUUGUGAGCAGGCCAAGGAGCAGCUCACUUACAGCAUUCGCCAGCAGUGGCGGAAACUCAGGAGCCAUAUGGAGAAGUUGAACACUCGAGCUUCCCAAGUCCAGAACCAAAUGGAGUCCAGUAGAGAAGUGAUACCGAGGGAGACCCAUGAGUCUGAGAUGGAGAGGAUGAAGUGUGAAGUCCAGCAGUGCAAAGAGUUCAUUCAUGCUCAACAGCAGCUCCUACAGCAACAGCUCAACACCUCUUUUGAUGACGAGACCGCGGCACUCCUGAAUGACUGCUACACACUGGAGGACAAGGAGCGCCUCAAAGAGGAGUGGAGGCUCUUUGAGGAACAGAAGAGAAACUUUGAGAGGGAGAGGAAGACCUUCACUGAAGCUGCUAUUCGCCUGGGACGAGAGAAAAAAGCCUUUGAGGAGGACCGAGCUGCUUGGCUCAAGAAUCAGUUUUUGAACAUGACUCCCUUUAUCGACCGACGCAGAUGUUCUUCGUCUGAUGGUCAAAGUGCCUUAUCAAUAAGAAGUGAGCCAGAACUGAGAAUGUCUUCCACAAAAGUUGAAAUGACAAAAUCAUCAACCUACGCUACAUUUUCCACUCCAAAAAAGACGCAGAGCAUUGCUAUGCCAACGACCACUGAUCUCUACCGGACACUCCGCCUGUUCCCAGAAAGCAGUUCCUCCAGAUACUCAAAUCGAGGACGCUGGCAAGAGUCCAGCACCAUUGAAGGCGAAGCCACAAGAUCGAAGUCAAGAGACAGAGUCGAGAGUGGAGACUUGAGUAUCUUCUCUCUUGGUGAAGAUGAGAACAACCUAACUUAAAGGACAAUCAGUGCCUUUUAUUUUACAAAAAAACACAUUGACAAUGAGCAUCUGAUUUGCAGCCUCAUCCUUCCAUUGAAUUGCUUUGGUUGUGAACGUGCACAAAUCACCAGUUCACCAGAGCAGAUCAGUGAGAACGCACUUUAAUUAAGCUGCCAUUGUUCAUUUUGUCAACAAACAAAUCAACACUGGAUUUGCAUUUGAAUGUUUUCUUGUUAGUGGUGGUGCCUACCAAGUACAGAUUUCAACAUGAAUGGUGUCUGUC